AUGGGCACUUUUCUUCGUCAACUCUCGUUGCAGCAUCGUCAACGUGAUGACGACCUACCCCUAAUUGAGUCGGAGAUUCUGGAACGAGCAAGUAGAUGCAGUUCGUCGAGGAAGAACUCAUUUGACUCAUCGUUCGCCGUUUUGAACACUCGAAACUCACAGAUUAGGGACUUGUAUACAAGAUUGUUGAUCAAACAUUCGUUGGCAAGAGCUGCAGCGCAUCCAGACGUCGCGGCGAAAGGAGCGGCCGUUCUGUUUACUGGAAAUGCCGAGCCAAGUGAGAUUGAGGGUGAGUAAAGCCAGAGGAGUUUUUUGCAAAAUGUAUUUUGUUGUUUACGGACUAAAAUUGUGCUAGGUCUGUUGGUGUUAGAAUGACAACGCAUUCAGCGGGUUUUUUGGGCUUUUUAUGCAACCCUUCGGCAAGAAGUCGCUUUCCAGGCUCUUCUGCAGCCAGUACCACAUGUUUUUGCAGUGUUUUUUUGUAUACGGAACUGAUCACAUAAAGUAAUUUUGAUUAAUUUCUUUCAGGAUGUGUCCUCGCUUCAACCCCCACAACUGAGGUCAUGGAAGCCUUCACCGAAGGCCUUCAAACCCUCAAUCUAGUAGCUCCACCAAGCGGAAAUGCGGCUCAUUUCAUCGCCAGAACCGCAGCGUUACGGUACAUCCACCUUUUGGAAGACGAGAUCCCAGCUGACAACGCUGAUAUUCCCGGACCUUCGAACCGCUUUCGCGACCCAAUAGAAGCUGCUUUAAACGUCUCAGCGCUGGAUACGGUAGCCGGCUGGGUUGAGGGGGACCAGCGGAAUGUAAGUUCUACUUAUAACACACUUUUUUGUAUUACUUCAUAGUCAAAAAUGAAAUAAUAUAUUCUGUAUUUUCAGAGGAACGAGACAGAUCUCAUAACAGUCGGUCUCAGUUCGACGUUUUCCGUCCUUCUGGAGCUCAAUGAAAAAGACUCGGAUCUUUGUGUUAGAGCGUUGCAAUCCUUGUUGAAUGUUUUGCAAUACCUGCCACCAGAAAGCUUUGCCCAUACAAGUCAUGAGAUGGUCAAUCAAAUGCAUCUAUCGUUGAGGCAGCUCAGACAGAAAGGUGAGCACAGAAAUUGGGCCAAACCCUUCAAAAAUAAUUUGUUUUUACUGAGUUUUCCAUAUAAUUCAGGGAACGAACAAGUCUCCGAAUACGCUACCGCCUGCAUGUUAAGUCUAUCAAUAGCUUGUGGCACACCAGAACUUUUGUUCGCAACGAUCUCCACUUUGUUUUGCGAUCACAAGGAGAGCGUUCCGUUCAAUCAGCUUGACACAACGUUGAAUCCAUUGUCCCGCAAUUUCCAAAGGCUGGCGUUGACUGUGCAAAGGACGAUUCAGCGAGGACCCGCAGCAAUUGCAUUGUAAGUCGCUACGUAAUGGAUCGGGAGGACUUAAAAAAGUUUUGUGGUUAUAGAAAGAUGGGCAAUGCAAAAAAGUUUUUUGUCGCAAUUUUGGAGCAAGUUCUAGGGCUAACCGCAGCACAAUGGCCUGAUAGUUUGGUUGCGGUUGCUACGUGUUAGCGUGGAAUUUAAAGAGAUCCUACGUAAAUAGCAUCUUUCAAAAGAUGCUACGUACAGUGACGGACCUGAUCCAGUGGCAAAAAACGUUCCAUUUUGCAUCCCGGAAGCAUCAGAAAUGUGGCAAAAUGCUUCCCUCUCCAAGAGAAAAAACUUUGUUUUGAAGGUCGCGCGCUUUCCCUCACAAAACGAGCGGGCGUGCUUUUGAAAUCGGAGUUUUUUCACUUGGAGAGGGAAGCAUUUUGCCACAUUUUUGAUACUUCCCCGAUGCAAAAUGGUACGUUUUUACCACUGGAUUAAGUCCCCCAUUGUAGACUGCUGACAGUAUCGUUUGUUUGUUCAAUCUUCAAAAAAGCAAAAGCUAUAAUGACGCAAUUUUACUAAUCUAUUCAUAGCGAAUAUGAAAGCUCCGUCCUUCUGACAACUGAUGAGACCUUAUGAAUACUAUAUAACACCAAAAAUUCUUCCUAAACUUUAUGUAUAACGUUGUUUAAUAACCCCAAUUCCAGAAAUCCGAACCUCCAAAACUGGUGGCUUCGACCGUUGACCGAACACAACCAAAUCUCCGAAUUCGAGCUCGUCUAUCCGGGCUGUCUCAGUCCAUCCGACCAUUUCACCGCCAAUGAUCUCAAGACCCCGCAAGGCUGCAUCUGCUCGGAUGGUCCUUACAUCUACCUGCUCACGGUCUACGGUCUCUUCAAAAUGGGUACGGGGCUGGGCGAAACGCGCGGCGGCAAAGUUAUGGCACACAAUGAUCUCAUGAAGUACAGCAACGGGUCCUCGUUGAUUUAUUGCAACGAAUCGCUGUACUUGCGACGCAGCCAUUCAACCAGACUGUGGGUAAUCGACCGGCUGACAUUGCGAGAGAUCGGGGAGAUUAUGUUGUCGGCGACGUUGACGGAGGGAUUACUGUACGCGGAUGGAAGGCAGUUCUUCCAUGCCGUGUUGGACUCACAAUGGAACUUUAUUGUGAGUUAUUUUUUCGAUGUAUGCAGGGAAACUUUUGAUAAAAAAGGAUCUGAAUGACAGUGAAAUAUUACAGUGGGGGACCUGAUCCAGUGGCAAAAAACGUACCAUUUUGCAUCCGGGAAGUAUCAAAAAUAUGACAAAAUGCUUCCCUCUCCAAGUGAAAAAACACCGAUUUCAAAAGCGCGCCCUUCACAACAAAGUCUUUUCACUUGUAGAAGGAAUCAUUUUGCCACAUUUUUGAUGCUACCUGGAUGCAAAAUAGUACGUUUUUUUGCCACUGGCUCGGGUCCUUCACUGUAUAAUACAAAAUUUUCAGUCAAUUCCCCUUGAUGACACUUUUUCUCCCAGUGCCAGCAAGUCUCAUCGAAUUUCCUGUCGACUGAUGGACAUUGGUUAUGCUGCUAUGGGAGAUUUCAAUCAAAAACAAUUGACAAUCCUCCAUUCGAUCACUUCAACCCUAAAAAAUGCCGCUGUUGACCUGCAACUGGGCACUGAUGUGGGAUUUAUCCUGACGAGAGCGGGCAAAAUUCACUACUGCGGGCAUGGAGAGACCUUUGGAUUGACGUAUUCUCCUGAUCAGUGGCUGGAAAUUACGCUUGAAGAGUCGAUAGUGUCAUUUACACUUGAUAGUCAUGCGAAUUGUUUGAUAAUGAGAUCCGGAUCUGGUUCGUUAUAUGCGAUUGGAAGUCUGAGCAACAUGUUCGAAGCAAAUCCGCAGAAAAACAGCAAAAAAGUGAGGAAAAUCAGGAUUCCAAAUCGGUGAGCGACCUAUUACAAUGGCUAGAAAUUCUUGAUCUUACAAUGAGGGACCUGAUCCAGUGGCAAAAAAAGUAUCAUUUUGCAUCCGGGAAGUAUCAAAAAUGUGGCAAAAUGCCUCCCUCUCCAACUAAAAAAAAUCUCCAUUUUGAACUGAGCCCUUUCUCUCACAAAAAAAGUGGGUGCGCUUUUGAAAUCGGAGUUUUUUCACUUGGAGAGGGAGGUAUUUUGCUGCAUUUUUGAUACUUCCCGGAUGCAAAAUGAUACGUUUUUGGCCAAUGGAUCAGGUCCGCCACUGCAACUUAAAAAGAAUAAAUAAUGAAUUCUCCGUAUUUUAGUCGAAAAUGCGUCAGCAUCAGCGGUUGCGGAGGUGCAAUGGCAUUUGCUUCGGACAACGGGCAAUGCUUCCUUCAUGGAAGACAUAUUGUCAAUGCUCAUUCGGACACAAUCCAUGCCAACUUCGGAAUGGAAAACGUGGCUGUGGCCAGUGUUGGCCUUGGAAAGACUCAUUUGGUCGUGAUCAGUAAAAGCGGGCUGGUGUAUACUUGCGGCCUGAACAAUUUGAAUCAAUGCGGGAGGACCGAAACCGCCUCUCCCGAGCUUCGUCCGCAUCUGGAGAGUCCUCAUCAAUCCACGUCGAGCAAUGUGAAUUCCCCAUCUCACUCUCAAUACUGCCCUCCAAAUGCGCACACGUUUGUCAAGGAUGUCGCUACUAUCUGCCUCAAAUGUGGCUGUUGUUCGGCGCGAGGCAAGAAUUGCCCGUACGGAGGGAAACAACAGAAUCCGAACGUCCAAGGAACUCCGAUUCGCCCGCCCAUUCCUCGCGGAUCUCCGUGUGCUUGUGGUGCGGGCGAAUCCGCUUGUUUGCGAUGCGGAAUCUGCCGACAAUGCGGGCGACAAAAGGGGAAACAACCGGAAACCCCGUCCGAAGACACGCGCACCUCCAAUCCAAGUACGAGCGAUGAGAACGACGAUCAAAUCGAGGAUUUGCCCAUGGAAAAACCCCGACCACAACUGUCAAGGCUCAGCGUCAACAACAGCGAAGCGAUGGCUACGCCGGGAAGAGUUGUUUUGAUGAAAAAAUCGAACGAUAUCAAAGUUUCGUCCGUUUCCGUUGGCAAUUAUCAUACAGUUUUGUUGUGCGCCGAUCAUCAAGUCUACACCUUUGGCUGCAAUAACAAUGGGCAACUGGGAACGGGCGAUACAAGUCGCCGAACCCAUCCCUUCAAAGUUCCGCUGCCUUUGAACGUCCAGAUUGUUCAAGCUGUCGCCGGCGCUAAUCAUUGUGUUCUGCGGACCAUGAACGGAGAAGUAAUCACUUUCGGCGCUCAUCGGGCGGGUCAGUUGGGAAGAGAGUGCGAGAAUCCGGAGGACCGCCAAUGGUUCGCGAAGCCGGGAUUUGUCCCGGAAUUCGGUCCGCAAACCGGCAAAACAGCCAGCUGGGUUUCGGCCAAAGGAGAUCGCACAUUGAUCCAAAGCCAUCAAAGAUUGUUCUCCCGGAACCAACUCGAUGAAUGUCAAAUCAUAGCCAACAAGAGUUGCUUGGCAUUGAUUCCGAAUUGCGAGGACAGAGAGAGCUUCUGUGUGAUGAUUCCCACAAAAGGAGCCGAACGAUUUUAUCAAUUUCAAAUGCCGUUGAGACAAAAUAUAAGGUAAGUAGCCUCCUGUGUGCUACUUGGCUUGAUAGAAAAUCCAUUCCUUUCAAUGUAGACAAACUUAUAACCUAAUAAACCACCAUUUCUAGCUGGUGUUUCAACCCCAUCUACGACAUCCUUUGGAGUUUCGACGCGGAAAGAGUUUGUAUUCAAGGCUUUACGGAUGGACCCUCAUUGGAGCUGCAGAACGUCGAAAAAGAGCCUCCAUUCUUCUGCGAGGAGCGGAAACUCCUACAGUCUACGGAACUAUGUAUCCCCACUGACAAUACGACAAAAUUCAGCGACGAACAGUUGGCCAUAUUCUUGAUCUCCACCGUUUACGGGCUCAGCCUCAGCGCACUGGCAGCGAUUCCUCAAGUCACGAUUCUACAGAGCACCGAUCUAUCCACGACCCACGAGGAACUGUCGAAAAACGUUGGAAAUGCGAAUUUUGUGCCCCCAAACCCGGUGGGCUGCAAUGUCAUCAAUAGGUUCUUGACGUUGGGCGGGGGCUGGGGAUAUUCAGUACAUUGCCUGGAGGCUAUUCAGUUCAAAGUAAGCGACUCAAAAACUACGUCUAGCAGCAAAGUCUUGAUAACAGUUUUAUGUACGUAUUAAAAAUGGAUUUACAGGUCAACAAAGACAUCAAUCUGUACGGCUUUGGUUUAUACGGUGGUCAUGGCGAGAACAGCGCAAAGAUAAAGCUGUUUCGCAAUGUAGGGAACACGGAUCGAGACGAAAACAAUGUAGAGUUAAUCUCGGAGACCAACGAAGUCCUUUACGACUGUCCAAUCAAAGAGACGGCUUUUAUUGGAUUCAGAAAACCGAUUCUAGUCAAUGCCGAUGUCUGGUAUGUGGCGUGGGUGCAAAUACAGUAAGUUUAAAAUCUCCAAACAAUAUGAUUGCCUGUUCAGAGGACCAAGUUCGGACUGCGGCGCAGAAGGCCAGCCCAUCGUCCGAGGAGACUCUGACGUCGAGUUUGAAUUCCGAAAUUCCGGAUAUUCGAAUAAUGGGACAGACGUGGAAGGCGGCCAAAUUCCGGAGAUUUAUUACAAGCCCUAUCAAAUGAGUUCGGACAAACAACGGUCUUACACUCAACCCUCAACGUCCUAUUCAUCACCUCAGCAUGAACAUGACGCCUCGAUCUUCGAAUCGGUAGCGCUAAGUGCCCAGACCGUUUUUUCGAUCACUGCGGAUACCAUGAAGAAUUUAUUCAAGGUCUUGGAAUGGGGAAUGCAUGGUUCGUUCCAAUGUCGAGACUAUGAAAAGAUGCAAGACGAUACGACGGCGCAAAAGCAGGAGCAAGCUGCUUUUGUAACGAUAAUUACAAUGAGAAUCAUACGGUAAGACAUUUGUAUUUGUUUAGUGAAGUAUACGCUUAAUAUUUCGAUAGUCUUAAUGCAGACACAAGGUAAAUGGAGCUCAAAUACAACAUGCAUUUCGAUCACUAACGUGAUUUACUUUCAGAAUCUAUCUCGGCGUUAUUUUCCCUCAACGACGCGCUGACUACGAUUCCCAACGACCUCAUGCGUCUUCAGAAUGCGUCUACGAAUUCAAACGCCUGCUCGACGAACUGUUUCGGACCGCUGACGAAAGGCUCUUCGUUGAAGAUCGAAUUGGCAGUUUGGUGGUGGAAGAGGCUGUCGACAUGUUCGUAUCCUGUAGCUAUCUCCUUACACCAUCACCCGAGAUCUUGUCUAUCAGAUUAAGUUCCAUGAUCACUAAAGGAAUCAAUAAUUGGCAGCUCUUAUCCACGUUGAAAGCGUUUUGCCGACUUGAAGAGGUAAGUCAGCGCGUUAAAAUUUUUGAAAUCAAAAAUCCUCUUCGCUAUGAUAAUGUCAAAUUUCAGUUUGUUUUGCCGAUCAUGGGCAUACGCCGACAAGAACUUGCCCUCAAUGACAUUCUCCAGAAUCUCAUCGACUAUUACACGCAAAAGGACGGUCUUUUAUUCCAGCCAUUAGACUCGGAGAAGAUGAUUACCUUUCUUUUUCAUCUUUCAUUCGCUUCGGUCGACAUUCGAAGCAGCGAUUUACUGGGUGACCGACUUAAAACUUCAGCUCAAACAUUACUGGUCAUCAUCGCAAAACAGUUGGUAAAUAGCCAGCUAAACUUGAAGACGAACACUUCAAUCUAUCAGACGCCUCGACGAUUCCGUCAAACGGUUUGUCAGCCGAAUUGGGAGACCGGAAACGACGCUGCGGAUUCGAUUGCGCUCAAAGUUGAUUGCCAUGGGAUUCAGUUGCAAGGGAUUGGAAUGUACCCCUCAUCACCAAAGAGCCAAAGGAAGGUCACUUACGACAUUGAGGUCUUGGAAGCGAAAGGGGAUUCGGAAAGGGACGGCUGGAUCUCUUUGGCCAGAUGCAACGGUGUAGCGCAUGAAGAGAGCACCGCAGAAGGAAAUGAAUGCGUCCUGAUCAGAUUAAACAAACCGAUCCCACUCAAGCCCAACGUUGCUUACGCCGUCAAAGCGCUCAUCGACGCUGGGAAGACCUUUUUCGGGGAGGCUGGAAUCUCCGUUGUGAAGCUGCAGCGGCACGGACGAAUGACUUUUCUGCCAUCUUCCUUUAGCAAAAAUGGGACUACAGUAUCCCGCGGACAACUUCCUUUCUUCCUGUACAGUAUCGAAAACAGCAACGAAGCCAAUUUCAAUACCAAAACGAGCGUCAGCAAAGAAGCGAAUCGCCUCUUCUUGCUGAUUAUUCGAUUGCUCUCAUCAAAGCUGAGUAUCCAACUCAGUUCAGCGGUAAAAGACAGUUUCCCAACGGCAAAGAUGUGCUCACAACUGGUGGUUUAUGCUACGGUUUAUAUGGAGGCGAAUCCAAGCCGGGCGUAUCAUGUUAUCGCUGCGUUUGAUCAAGUUUUACCGUUGAUUUCAGCGGCCAAUGCCGACUUUGAUGACGAGAAAGGCUCGUCAAGUACAAGUUUCAAUCAAAUCAAGAGCGAUGGAGAAGAGUAAGUCAAAAAUACCGAGCCUUCAGAGCUUCAAAAGUCUAUAUUUUGAUUGAUACCUCUCGUUUCAGCCCGGCCAAGUCGCUGAUUAAACGAAAAGGAUUUGUUCAAGCUGUUGUGGAGAGCGCGCAUCCCUACAAAACAAACGAUUUUACGACUCAUUUUGUGUCAUUUGAUCCAACAACCGAAUUCGUUUGUGUCCGUUUUCAUGAAGCCUGUCAAACCGCUCAUCCUGGGGAUUCUCUGUGGGUCUAUGGCGUAGCCGGAGACCGGCCAACGAACGCAUUUUACGCCGUGGGGAGGUACUCGGUGAAUCGAGAAUGGCCAGAGGGCGUAUUGGUGAUCCCCGGCAAUAACGUGUGGUUUGUGUUUGAGUCCGGCCCGGAAAGCGAAGAACGAAAUAAUGCUGCGGUAAAUUAUGACUUUUCUAAUUAGAUCAAAAAUUUUUAGAGGUACGGAUUCCGCUGUACCGUGGAAGGAAUCACUUCGCUUAGAGCCAAGGGAUCAACGACUUUGUCAAACCUGGAGACCGAAUUUGCCUGGCUUUGCUCAAAAGCUUGCAACAUAAUGGUUCAAUCGACCAAUCGGCCAAAUCGACCAUCAUCGGCGAGAGAUUGCUACGAAGUCAUCCAAAAGCACGGAGUUUUGCUUCAGAAGGGCCUGAAUCUUGAUCAUGUUCCAAAUGUCGCCGAAUUGGCAAGGGAUUCGUUCCCAUCAUUGAGGAAAUCAGACGAUCUCCAGUUUCUUGCCGAUUUCAUCUCAGCUUCGCCCGACACCCUUGGCGGUUUACUGGCAACGGCAUUGGUUACCGACUCGUACAUUGAUGUGGCUAAAUGCAAAGUCGAAGUCGAGCCGUUAGUUGGAUUCGUCACCAAUCAGCCAAUACGAUUGAGUUUGGUGCCUUUAACCCAAUACGGGGAGGUGUGCUUGAAGAACGAUCUCCAAGUUCAAUUUACAGUCAAGAAAGGCGCUACUGAAAGUAGUCCGGUCAGAGCAAAGGAUGGAGAGUCCGGGAGAAUUUUCAAAACCCUGACCGUCUUCAAGGAUAUGUUUAAAGUUGGCUCAAAAAGCGGUGACGAUUCGAAGAACGAGUAUUACGAGAAGAUUCGACAACUUCAGCUGGAAGAGCCAUUCCGCCCAGCAAUCGUCAACAACAAUCGAUUUAUGUCCAUCGGAUGCAAUCCCAAGCUCGCUGACUAUUCUUUCGAGGAGCUAAGAUGGGCAUACGAACUGGGUAGCACAACAACAGAGACGUUGAAGGUGGACUACAGCUCUUCCGGAGGUUAUCAAGUACAAUGGACGCCAUUAACUCCGGGUCGUUAUCAUGUCGAGGCCUCCAUUGAUGGCUUCGACAUUUCCUCGCGGUCCGACUUCAACAUUAAGCUGCCGACAAUGGACGUUCCGCAACCUGUCUCUGAAGUCCCUCCCACGCCGAGACAUCGGCCAAAACCCGUGGAUCCGGCGAAUAUUCUCCCCUUAUCCAAAGCAACUUGUCCUGCAGUCAGUGGAUAUGCCGGAGUGAGGAUUCGAAGCCAUCCGACAUUGAAUGCCCAGCAGAUCGGAGCUAUUCCGAGAGGAGCCACGAUAUCGUAUGUGGAAACGCUACGAAAUACGGAUGGUAUGUGGCUUCGUCUCUCGGAUGAUGUGAAAGCGUUAUAUUGCGAGAGGAAGAGUUCGAAUCAAGCAUGGAGUUUGCAGUACAACAACCAUCUAAAGAUCGAGCACUUGACGCUAAACCAUUUCAAUGGCAAUGUUGAGAGCGGGCCUGUAACAACGACACGAUCGACCGUCAGAAGCGCUGGAAAUGUAAGCAGGUUACAUUGCGUUUGAGAUUCCAUUUCCAUUCUAACUUUCGUAUUUCAGAAGCCCCGAUCAAGCGAUAGCACUCCUCUAAACACAGAAGACAAUCCAAUGCGCCCAUUGACAGUUGAGUGUUUUAGAGCAGCAUUUGCAGCCUUUGCUUGGCAUGAACGCCUAGUCCAACAGCUGAUUGAAUGUGCUAACAACGUGGCCGAUAUGGGAGAGAACCCCCGAGAACUGCUUGCGAAAAUGCAAUCAUCACAACUUGAAGGCCCAGCGAACCUAACUUCAGCUAGAAAUCUUUGGUCUACCAUGUCAGCGACACUGACCAAGGUAAGGUAAUUCAGACCACUCUUAUACUGGUCAUGACAACCGAAACUUGAAAAAUAUGAUGUUGCAGGUAGUGAAACAACAUCUAAUAAUUCCAUCGCCAACUGUUCUCCGCCGCCCAUAUCAGCGACAACGAAUCAACACUGCCGAUCGGAUCGCUACGGAUGCCAGCAACGAAAAUGGAGCGCCAAUCGAAGAGCUUUGCGAACUGUGCGGUGAAAACUUCCCCAAACCCGUUACGGCCCACAUGAGAGUAAAACAUCCAGGAUGUCGAGGCCCUUGCCUGGGACACGGCUACAACAGUGUCGGGAAUUACACGACCGGUUGGACGGGAAUGUGCGGAGAAGGUGGAAAAGGGAAUGCAGUUUGGUACCUGCUGUGCCCAAACUGCAGGACCGAGAUACUGGCCAAAAAGGAGAACCAGGUUGAAGAGGUGAGUUUACUUAUAAGUUGAUUUGCUGACAAAAUUAGGCGGUUGUGAGACUUUACAACUAAUUUUAGGAAACCGACCGACGUUGGCGAGAGUUCCGGCAGAUAAAUGCCACUCAACUCAUUUCACCCGAAGUUGUGAUUCGAAGGAAUUCGGUUUUCCUCUUAGGACUCUGUCCUACAGGUCAGAGGGAAUUGGAAGAGGCCGAGAGCAAAAGGAAGAACGCCAAGACAAAGUGGAUUGUGGAUUUAUACCCCUCAGGGGACUUGAAUCAGACAAGUUUGGUCAUAGAGAAUGAUAAAGACGAACCAAUGACAGAAAGUGUAAGUUUUCGAGGCAGAACAAAAGAAAUGAAUCUGUCAGCGACUAAAUUAACGUAAUUUCAGAAUUUAACAAGCACUCAUCGACCUCGACAAUUAUCUCAAACCAGUGAUCCUGGAGUUUCCCACCAAAAUGAUCUUGCAGUCUCUGGCACAGCAAAAGUUCCAACCUCAUACAGCGUCUCCGGAAAUGUGUUUAGAAAACCGUUCUCCAAUUAUCUCAGCACAAUCGACGCGUUGCCCGAAGAAGACGAGGAUGAAGCGAACGUCGCGGGGCCAAGUUCAAUGCCAAAUCAACCUCCCACUCUAAAUGAAGUCGUCACAAACUUCUCAAACUCCGUUCCAUCCCCGUAUUCGAUCCAUUCGCAUCCGGUUCUCGCAUUCAUUGUUGAGAACCAUGACUUAUCCGCGAUAGCCCAUCAAUUCGAGGACAACAUCAAACGAGCUGUAAUCCUGGCGCAUGCUUUCAAGGUGUGGAAUUGGCUUCUGAAACUUGUGACUUCUGAAUCCUCAGUGAUGGACAUUGUCUGGCAAUACUUGAAUACCAUGUUUUCGUUCUCACCAAACUACCAGCAGUCGAUGGAUAUGAAGUUCGCAACUAAACUUCAUUUGCUCCCACAUCCAUGGCGAUUGUGUUUCUUGGCCGGAGACCUAGUAACUCAUCGGAUGGUCGAAGCGAUGCAUUCAUUUUUGGCCACCUUAUAUGUCAUUCUCAACGCAGAUAACGUCGAUAUUCGUCUCAAGUGUCUGUGUUUCCGAUCAUGGACCUUCCAGUUAACCAUUCAUGAGCAAGAUCUCCUCUACACCUUGUGCAAAUUACUCUGUAAAGUUGGCGAUGUUCUGGCUGAUACUUCAACUGACACCUCGCUGUUGAUUCAAGACGAGCCGAGCCCUAAGGCAAGACGAAAGGGAAGCCGUCGCGAGGACACGGCUUUGCCCAUUGUAAAACAGUUUGAUUUGCUGAAUCAACUGGUUAAAUUGGAUUCGUCAAGUCAGAAGCAGAUCCUCCAUUGUCUCUUGGACGGAUCACAUGAGACUUUCUGGGAGAGUGGAGAAGAAGACAACAAUAGAAGCAGUUACAUUACUGUCGGAUGGGCAGUCGAAAGUUGCAUGCCCGCAAUAAUUGGUGUAUUCAUCGACAAUGUUCAAGACUCAAGCUACAGGGUGUGCCAAGUCAAUUUUACGACGGCUGCGGCUAACAAAGGCGAAGGAAACAUCAUCACACUUAACGCUGUGUCAUUGUCCCCCGUAAGUCAUCAAAAGUAUAGUAAAAUAUUGUAAAUAAUCAAAAAUUUCCAGAAAUUUGUUGGUUGGGUUCGAUGUACAACAUUGGGCACUGGAAGUCCAUUACGGAUUCACAUAAAGUUCAAUGGGAGAUCUUGCCGAUUACGUCAAAUUGUUGUGCUUGGCCAAUCCAACGUCGACUUGAACAACGCCGUUCCCGAGAGCUCGAACGCCAGCAAGGCGUUGAAAGGGACCACUCCACAUCAACUGUCGUUUAGUUCGGCGCAAUUUGAUGCAUUUUCUUUGUUCCAAGCAGUCGCUGCUCAGGUAAGCAACAAUAAUCUGAGCUAAAAUAUUCGAUUUCAUUUCUUCAGGCGUUCAGCGACGAGUUCGCAGAAGAUGAGAACGGGCACCUUCGUCAACAAGUCAUUGAAAUGCUUUUCAACCGGGUUCAGCUUCAGCCCUUGCAAAUCUACGUCUGCACUCAGAUAGUGACUGCCGUAGAACGCGAGAUAACAAACCUGAGAGAUCGGAAGAAGCGUAACUAUUCGUAUGUAUGCGGGCUGAUGGUCAUGCUCGUAAAGAUCAGCGAAUCCAGAAAGGGAGUCGAAGUCUUCUCAAUGCGCGGCACCUUGCCAAUAAUGCUCAGUGAGCUCAUGCUGUUUGCCCCGCAGGUAAGAUAAGACCACGAACGCCGAACGUAUUUUACUCUUCAUCAAUGGAAACUUUGAAAAUUUUCCAGAUUGUUCAAAUGCAAGUCCUUGAAACCAUGGAAAAGACUCUACGAAACUUCAAACCAACCAGCUUUGAUGUCGGGGUAUUUGUACAAAAUAUGUUGGCAGUCAUCGCGAAGGUAAUCACUUUGCAAGUCAAGGACAGAGUGACCAGAAAGAUGAUUACCGCGUCUCUUACUGUAAGUUGGCAAAAAUUUUGCUCAAAGAAAUGCGUUUCUUCAGGCCAACUGCACAGACAUUCCCUCCAUUUGGCGGGCAGAAAAGCCGAUUUGCACUGAAGUUGUACAACUUGUCAUUGGGACCUUGACCCAUCUCGCUAAUGAUGGCAUCAGUGCCGCGUGGUCGCAAGCAAUCCGCACAGAACUAGCGAAUUGUGUAAUGAGCAUCAACAAAAUCUUGGCGGCCGCUGGAUUCUUGCCAUCUUCCAGCUCCAAUGACCUUCCAAUGAGCUCGUUCUCCACCUCAGAACACCUCGGAACGCGAGCUGUCCUAUUUUUGCGGCAACCACAAUUCUGGCUGGCAGUUGCGGCAAUGACCGCUAUCAAAGAUCCCAGUUGGUUGGAGCUGUCGACUGCGUGGAGAACUUUGAAGGUGAGUAAAAAUGAAAAUAAAAAUCAAGUGGAAAAUUUUAGGCCAGAAGAUCCGAAGAGCCGGAACCGCCUUGCGAAAACCACGAUGACGGUGUGACAAUGGCGAGGUUCCAUUGCGCCGAAUGCGAACUGCACCUGUGCUACGAAUGCUUCAGCGUUUUGCACUUGAAUAAGCGAAAGAAACUGCAUACAGCGAAACUGGUUGGAUCCACUCUAAUGUGCCCGAAAUUGGAUGUUCAUGAGGGCUGUACAAGACUCCGAGUCAACAACUUUUUGGUGGGUAAAAUACGAAUUGGUCUUUUACGCUGUCAGCUUCAAUAUAUGAUCUGUUGCUUUAGAUUCUCUUCAACUGCACAAAACUGAGUGGAAUGGCCGAAAUUAGCGCCGAAGUUGGGUCAGUUGUGGAUGCCGCGUCGGCUCAAGGUCUUCACUCUAAUUUGGGUGGAUCAAUGACAGGUGCUGAAUCCAAAGGCGCUAAAUGCAGAUUCUGCCAAAAUCCACUCAAGCCCGAUGAGACGAAAACUGGAGUUUGUGGUUACAACGAAUGUCAAGACAUGUUGAAGGACGCUUGUAUGAAAAUACUGCCUUGUGGGCAUUGGUGCCCUGGAAUUUCCGGAGAAAAGGAAUGCUUACCUUGCUUUACUUGUCCAAGCAGCGGUAUGUCGAUUUCCCAAUCAUAACUUGCGCAAAACCAUGACCAACGUGCUUAUUAUCCCUUUUUUCAGACUCCAAACAAGACUCCGACGAUCUCUGUGUGAUCUGUUUCACAGAUCGAUUGGGCGGAGCUCCGUGUGUGAAACUUUCUUGCGGCCAUAGCUUUCAUUAUCAGUGUGUGAAAACGAUCCUUGAGAAACGCUGGCAUGGUCCCCGAAUUCUCUUCCGAUUCAUGCAGUGUCCAUUGUGCAAGAGCAAUGUAAGAUCCAACCUCUCUUUUUGAUAAUACCGCUCCUUCAGAUCGAUCAUCCAGCUCUCCAGCCUUUGAUGCAACCACUGCUUGCCUUGUACGAGGACGUCAAAAAGAAAGCCCUCCUUCGCCUAGAAUACGAUGGGUUGUUGAAAGUCAGCGCCGUUACAUCGGAACAGAGUGAAUUCUUCAAUGAUCCAACGGGCUAUGCUCUUCAUCGUUAUGUUUAUGUGCUCUGCAGUAAGUGCAACAAGGCGUAUUUUGGUGGGGAAAGUCGAUGUCAACAGGCGUUGGACUCCUCGUCCUAUAAGCCGGAGGAGCUGGUUUGUGGUGGGUGUUCGGAUAUCUCGGGAGCGCCGGUCUGUGGUCGACAUGGUACAGAGUUCCUGGAAUAUAAAUGCAGAUUCUGCUGCUCGGUGGCAGUGUAUUUUUGGUGAGUUUUACUGAUCAAUUGAACAUCGUGAAUGGUAAAAAAAAGUCUAAACCAAAGAUAAAACAUGAAAUUCAAGGUUUUGCUCACUCUUACCAUCACAGGAAAUCUAAUCACCAAUCUUUUUCAGCUUCGGGAAUUCCCACUUCUGCUCCAUCUGCCACAGUGAUUUCCAACGUCUAAUCGCGACUCCCACCAACCUUCUUCCUCAAUGUCCCGUUGGGCCCAGAGCAACACAAUUGGAAAACCAGGACGGCUGUCCGUUGCGGGUCAAACAUCCGCCGACCGGCGAGGAGUUUUCGUUAGGUUGCGGGAUUUGCCGCAAUCUCACAACUUUUUAG